AUGAGAGUGGCAUCUAAAAGUUGGUUGUUGUUGACGUUGGCGUUUGCGUGGGUUGCUGCUGGAGAGACGAAUGGAAAUCUCCGACGGGAAUCGGAACAAGAGGAACCACCAGCCUCUCGCAUUGUUGGAGGUUCUGUCGCUUCUGCCAGCAACUAUCCGAGUCAUGUGCAAUGGGCAUUGGGUUGCGGUGGAAGUUUGUUCCACGAUGAUUUGGUGCUCACAGCAGCUCACUGCUUCUUCAACAACAAGAAUGUCCUCAAGAAUUAUCCGCUCUAUGUGGGCGGCGAUGGAUCGUCACAAUCUGGCACGGAACUGUAUGCUGAAGCUGGAUAUAUUCAUCCUCUCUAUGAUCCAAGCAAGGCACAAGCCUAUGACUUUGCAGUCUUGCAGCUGCCCCAGAAAAUCACAGGAAUCGAGCUGAUGAGCAUCAACUCGGAUCGCCAUUAUCCCGUCAAUGGUCAACCACUGACUGUGAUGGGAUUUGGGUUGAUGGAUGAACAUGACGGAGCCAGGGAUGCUCCCGGUGCCAUGCGUGAAGUCACAAUUCCCAUGAUUGACAACUGCUUGCCAUACUACAGUUCCAAUCGAAUCAAUGAUGAGAUUGUCUUUUGUGCGGGAGACAUGCCAAGAGGAGGAAAAGAUGCCUGCCGGGGCGAUUCUGGCGGUCCCAUUGUUGACGCUGAUGGAAAGCAAGUGGGAUUGGUUAGCUGGGGGAUUGGAUGUGCGCGUGCCAAUCGACCUGGAGUCUAUGCUCGGGUAUCCACCAUUGCAAAGUGGUUGGAAUAUCUGAAAUGCGAUGUCAGCAUGUAUCCUCCGGAAAGCUGCACACGAUUAGAUGUCAACAUGACAUACGAUGACUACCCAGAGGAGACAGGAUUUCAGAUUAUUGAUGAUAGUGAUCCAGAACAGCAACAAGCAGUCAUCUUUGAAGUGCCGGGAAAGAUGGAUAUCCCGCCAAGAGCAACAAUCCACUAUUCCUACCAGCUGCCCAUUGGGAACUAUUCCUUUGUGUAUGAGGAUGCCAAUCUAGAUGGGAGCUGUUGCAGCUUUGGAGAUGGUCAUGCUGUGAUUACCAAUGGAGGCAAGGGUGUCAAUGUGAGUGGUGAUUUCUCACUCUACGGAAGUCAACAAGAAGAGUCAAUCGAAAUGCCCUUGCCGAAUGUCGGUGUUCCAGGUACUAACAACUCGGGAUGGGGUGAAUUGGGUGGUUCCACUGCGACUGCUCUGGGACAGCAGCAACAACAAGGCAAUCAACAACAUGUAUUUGGAAUCCAAGUGGUCAUCAUGUACGAUCUUGACAGAGUCAAUGACAUAACCUGGCAGCUCUUCACUGUUGAUAAUUCGGCGGGUGCUGGAGAACUCGUGUUGUUGCACAAUGACGCUCCUAGUCCCAACCGAGGCUUGGAUUCCUACAAUCGACAAAGCUGUGUCUUUCAAGAUCUUCCAGCAGGAUCCUAUGAAUUUCACAUUGAAGAUGCCUCGGGAAUGGGCUUUGCUCCUGGUGUUGGUUUUGCCAGAGUGAUGUUGCUGGACAACACAAGGGGUGUGCUGUCUGGUCGUCUCUUCCACGUUGCUGGUGACGACAUUGAGCCACUAACUGUUGCCACGUUCGAUUUGGGGGGUGACAGCGGAACGAAUUGA